AUGGCUACAGAAGAACCUGAAUACCAGCUCAUUGGACUUUAUACCCGAUACUCCAGUUGGACGUCACGGGUCGAAGCUGUUUUGGAGUACUUUCAAAUUCCUUACAACCCCGUGUUUGUGAAGUUAUCUGAUGUCAAAGCUGUGUCUCCAACGGGAUUAGUCCCCGUCCUCGAAUGUCGUUCACUAGGCUCCACCCCCAUCGGCGAUUCACUUGCAAUCUGCGAAUUCCUCGCGGAAUCUCACCCUGAAAUCCCACUAUGGCCUCGAGAUCGUCAGCUUAGAGCUCUUGCUAGAAGUGUUGCGUCGCAGAUGCACUCUGGAUUCUCUGCUCUCCGGGGCGCGUUCGGUACCAACUUCAUCGCUAGGUAUACCGGAAACGUCCCAGUCUCAGCGGAGGCGCGAAAGGAUGUACAGCGCAUUCUAUCUAUCUGGGGCGAGGCUCGUAAAACGACUAAAGAGCGCCUCCUAGCGCUGGGUCAGGUCGAUGAAGGGUUUUUGUUUGGAGGGUUCAGUAUUGCCGACGCAUUCUUCUGGCCAGUACUUUGGCGAUUUCGAACGUAUGGUCUUCCCUUGGACACCGCGAGCGAAGAUGCUCUUAUCUGGAUGGCCCAAAUGUGGAACGAUCCAGUCUUUCGAGGACUGGCGGAUAAGUAUUACGAGCAAUCGGAAGACCCGGAGACAGUGCUUGCACAUUAUGAUGAUAUAUACCGGGGCCAGCAAGACAUCCAGUAUAGCCAGUUUCCCAGAGAUUGGACCUUCUCAGCGAGUUAG